UAAUAAGCCCCAAGGCGACGAGCUUCCUGGAAAUUUCCCAGGAAACAUUGCAACAGCGCAUGCGCCUUUGCUCAUUAGAGGAGAACAUGGCGGACCCUCUCUCGUCCGAAGAAGAGCAGGCCACAGCUGAGUUUCUCCAGCGCAUCAACUUCUGGCGGUCGCAGCACAAUGCCGCACCUCUCCCCUGGGACACGGCUGUCAAGUUCCUCAUGGCCAGGAAGUUUGACGUGAACAGGGCCAUCGACCUCUACGCUCAAUACGCUGCAACUCGUUACAAGGAAAGUAUCUUUAACUUCCACCCAACAGAGGACCCUCUGAAGAGUGAACUGUUGACGGGGAAGUUCACUGUCCUGCCCACCCGAGACUACAACGGAGCGGCCAUCGCUCUGUUUACAGCCAAACUUCACGAUCCCAGCAAAAGCACACAUCAGCUGACACUCAAGGGGGUGAUCUACCAGUUGGACCAAGCACUUGAAAACCGUCAGACCCAGCGGAAUGGGCUCAUCUUCGUGUAUGACAUGACAGAUUCUGCCUACAGUAACUUCGACUACGACCUUAGCAGGAAGAUCCUAAAUCUGCUCAAGGGAGGGUACCCGGCGCGCAUGAAGCGGAUGUUAAUCGUGACUGCACCCCUGUGGUUUAAGGUGCCCUUCAGCGUACUACGGCAGUUUGUCAGAGAAAAGCUUCGAGAAAGGGUCCACGUGAUUGAUAUAUCCGAGUUGCACAACUUCAUUCCCCUGUCUGCCCUCCCCACCCACCUGGGCGGAGACCUGCUCAUUGACCACCCCUCGUGGCUGCAGCGCUGCUGGAACGCCUCCCUGGCCCAGGACCACGCCGGACCAAACGACACACCGCCCUCCCCCUCCGAGUACACGCCCUUCGUCAGUCCCAACAUGAAAAACAGGACUGAGAACGACAAGGAACACGACUCGGACGCCAGCUCCCAGAACUCAGACACUGAGCACAUUGACGUUGCUCUGAACGGCAUUGUGGAUGUUACCAAAGCGGCCAAGUCGGAGGGAAACACACCCACAGAGACAGAUAGUGGCUUCUCAGAGAGGCAGGGUGUGGAGAAGCAGCAGGCGGUAAGUGUGGACCACACCACCAACGGGAAUGCUCAGGCUGCUGUGGACGACAGAAUAGUGGACGAGGACUCGAGCGAGGAGGACGAAAGCCUGCCGCCGCCGCCACUGCCCAGAAAGACUUACCUGACAAAUUUUGAAGAAGAGUCCAUUCACACAGUAGAAGAGGGGGGAAUGACCAUGGACCAACUUUGCGUGCAUCUGAAGACAACAGGGAAAAGGGGAAUCUACAAGGAGUACGCCAUGAUCAGAGCUGAGGCACCAGCUGGGACAUUCAACUGCUCCAAGGCUCCAUACAACCAGUGUAAGAACAGAUAUACAGACGUUCUGAGUUUGGACCACUCAAGAGUUAAGCUCAACAUCUUGGAUGAGGAUGAUACGACUGACUACAUCAACGCUAACUUCAUGGAUGCCUACAAGCACAAGAACGCAUUCAUCGCCACCCAAGGCCCCCUACCCAGAACAUUCCCCGACUUCUGGCGCAUGGUGUGGGAACAACAGGUGCUCAUCAUCGUCAUGACAACCAGAGUGGUAGAGCGAGGGCGGCUGAAGUGUGGUCAGUACUGGCCGAAUGAGGAGGGCAUGCUUGACCACUACGCCAACUUCCGAGUGACCAAUCUGGAGAUCCAGGCAGGGGAUGACUACACCAUCUCCAGACUCAAGCUGGACAACCUGGAGACGGAUGAGUCUCGGGAGGUCGCACACUUCCAGUUCACGAGCUGGCCAGACUUCGGCGUGCCGCGCUCGGCGGCGGCCAUGUUGGAUUUCCUGGCGGAGGUGCGGCAGUACCAGGCUGACGGGUGUAAGGCCAUGGGGCCGGCCUGGGCGGGGCACCACAGGGGACCUCCCAUCGUGGUACACUGCAGCGCAGGGAUAGGCAGGACAGGCACCUUCUGUACGCUGGAUAUCUGUCUGGACCGGCUGGCCGACAUCGGAACGGUCAACGUGAAGGAGACGGUACAACGGAUGCGCACCCAGCGAGCCUUCAGCAUCCAGACACCGGACCAGUACCACUUCUGUCACACGGCCAUCAUCGAGCACUGUCAGAGACACGGCACCCUGGGACAGGUGGACUACGGGCAGUACGACGACAGCGACAGCGACUGAGCGUCGCCUCCACCUAUUUGUUGAUGUGAUCGGAGAAAAACCUAGGAAACGUGCUCCAGAAAGUACUAACCUUGGAAUGGAGUCCAGGUCAUUUUUGGUGUUCCCUAUUUUGUACUGAAGUUUGUAACCAAACCAACCAUCUUGCAGUCCAACCUGUAAAGUAUAUACCCUGUCUUGAAUUGUCCACUGCAGUAUUUAUAGGGUGAAGUCAGGAGGCUCCAUGCAUUGUGAAUGCGUGUCCGUCAAGUGAAAAUGACAACUCCUGUAGGCAACUUUCAAAAAGUAUCAAAACCAAACUCUUUACCUCAUUUUCCCAUGGAUCCGUGUAUUCUAGACCUUACCAUGUUGUAGUUGGAAAGAAAAGAUGAAUGGUCAUGAUGGCAGAUAUGAAUUGAUUUUUUUGUAGUGAUGUUGUGUAAAGUGCCUCAUUUUCAAAGUUGUGAACAGUGUAUAUUCAUACCAUGAAGGGGCCAACUUGUACAGAUGACUUCAUUGUAACUACAGGAAAACCUACCAAGCACCCUUGUUGAUCUUGCCAGCUCUUUGAGAGGAGAAACCCCAAUGAAACUCUGUUGUUAAUACUAGCUUCUUUUUUUCAAUCACACACCAGGUGAGCUAGACAAAAGUUCUAUUUCAAAGUUGGGCUCUUCAGAUACCAACAGCCUUGGUUGUGUAUUUUGUUGUGUUCCCAGUAUAUCAGAAUUCUACAUCUCUGUUGUUCUUGGUUUUGUAGUGUAAGUCCUGGCCUAAUAUGUAUUGCAUAUCCAAGAUGGCAAAUGUUUCAUGCAAAGGCAUUCAUAGAGAAAUUGUGGAAAUUUUUGGUAAUAACCAGAAAUUAUUGCCCUUGUAAAGAUGAGGUGACAAAAUGCUUUGUUGGUUUCCUUACUUUCUGUUAAUGACUGUUGGCCAGUAAGUUGUAAAGAAAUUCAUUCAAGUAUAUGUAUUAUUUAAAUAACAAAAGCCAAGCCUACUAAUAAGAUUAUAUCACUUGUAACAAAAUGUACCUUCUUGUAACAUUUGUUUGAAAGAGCAUCACUGUUAGAUUUUCCGUUACAUCCCUAUUGUUCACUAAGGACAUAUUUAUUGACAGACAUAUUUAAUAUGUAAUUAUUAUUGUGUACUAUACAAGUGGUUCUUAACCUUAUAUAUGACCAUGGCAAAUGGCAAACAUGAAUGUAUCAGAAGCCAGCAUCCUUCAUUAAAGCCCAGGUAACAAGUUUGCAAUUGCUUCCAUAUUGACGGUUUAGGGUCUACAAUUGUACAGUUAUCUAAAAGCUGUAUAUAAAGGCAUGGUGAUUGUUGUUGGUAUGGUAUUUCCAGGCCCGGAAAAUUCUUUCAAGAGUCUUUCAAGAGAGUUAUGUUUUGCUCGGAAACUUGAUAUACAUAUGGUUCAAAUGCCACUUAUAGAAAGAUCUGAAAAGUUGGGUGCAUAAAACCAAGAGAUCCAUUGUCCAUGCUGCCUAACAUGGCAUUGGGGUGCCUCAAGCACCAUGUAUACUGCUUCUCAUACAUGUAAUUCAUAGAUGGUAGGUAAAACUACAAUAGAUUUCUUUCAACAUUUGCUUGCUACUUCUUUUCUGCUUGGCUUAUUCUACGAUAUUUAUUUGACAUAUUGAUUGUGAUCACUGGAAGUUAUAAAGAGCUUGAAAAGCUUUCCUUUACUGUUAACCCGUAUCCAUAGCAUUGCUUUUGUAUUGAUAAUUUUAAUGAUGGAAUAUUUCACAAAAUGUGAUACACUUACCCGUUCUAGAUGUGUGAAAGAGAAAGCACUGAGUGCAUGUUCAGUUUAUUUUAGGGAUGGUUUACUUUACCCUGUAGAAUACAUUAUAACCAGACGCACAUUGAAAACCAUGGAGAAGGUUUAAGUUUAUUGAAUAGGUAUGUAUGGAAGGAUGAAUCGAUUGUUACGUUUGUGUUUCUCAGCAGGUCUGUAGAUGUUGCCUCUACUGUAUUGAGCUUUCCAAAACCAUAACAAUUCUAGAGUGAAAUAUCUCCAGACUAGGUAUUGAGAAAAAAAAUUGAAGUUUGCAGGUACUUGUCAAAGCUCUUAACCAACAGACUUUCAUAAAAAAAGAUGUUUGGCAUGUAGAGAUCUAGAAGAAAUACCUGACUGUUUCUGAAACCACACUGUUCCAGUUAUUUACCUUCAUCUUGCUACAUGUAAGGUUUUUGGCACAAAAGUUGUGUUGAUACUGGAACAGUAUGAAGCGCUAAAGAAAAUCUUAAUGUGUUUAGACCAGUCAGGUAAAAGUUACCUGCUUAUUAAGCUUCAUAUUGCCAUGUGACUGAGCAGAUUCUGAUCGUCAUUUCUGACCAAGGAAAAACUAACCUCUAACUUAUGAGCCACUCAUGUUUACAGUAAUGCAAGCUACAGUUGUAAAUAUCAAAGGACAACUCAGUGUGAAAGAAGUGCAGUGCCAGGUCUGUAGCUAGGGGGAGCUGCUGCAUGACACACCUGUCUGAAGCCUUGUAUCUAAAACUUUUAUUUACGCCUGUAGUAGGUGGUACAUACCAUGUAUACAGAAACCUGUCUGUGUUCUAUGCUGACGUGCACUGUUUGUCCCUGAAGUGCCUGUGCAAACUUUUGUAAUGUAAAGCUAUGUAUAUGUUUCAAAGUAGAGAAAAAAACAUGAUAAAAAGUGUGUAUGAUAAAUAUAGAAAUUAUAUACAUGUAGGAAGCAUAGCCAUGUUCAUUAUUUUGUAUCUGUUCUUGUGACUGAUGGUGUAGUAUACAAACACAGUAACUUGGAAAGUAUUUAAGUAGCUAUUAAAAUGUGCAGUCUUA